AUGACGCCCGGCCCUCAUCAUGAAAGAACUGCCUUGCCCUGCUCCGGAUUCGCUGCUCACAUGAAGAAUUUCUCUGAAUCUCUUAAACUUAGCCAUCUACAUUCCCUGCAUUUUCCAGGUAUAUUUCCAGAAAGGAUUCAGACUCCAAUAGCAAGUAGAAGACUGCUCUGUGCUCGCCAGUAUAGUAUCCCCAGGCCUCCAGCUGUAAGUGUAGCUUCUUUUGAGAAAGAGAGCCUCAGGGGAGUGAGUCCUUCUCCCACACCAUCCAGUGAAUGGAAAGAGAUCCCGUUGAUCUUCACUGUUAAACGAGAAAUUAAUAUAGGAGCUAGAGAAGCACCCAAGCAGGCCUGGAGCAAUUCCUUCCUGGAACAGCGAAUAAUAAAAAAGCCUAUUCAAGCCCACUCAGCCAAUCCUAUGCACCUAGAGGCUGCAGGCACCCACAUCAACAGGCAUGUGAGACUUCAGCCCUCUCGCAAUUCCAAGGGAGAGUCUGUCCCAUCUGAAAUAUGGGAAGCAUGUGAGGAUGUCAGGGGAUUUACAUUUUUUUUCAUUCAGCAGAUUACAAACAUUGAUUUCUCAAACAUCAGGUUUAAGAGAGAUUUAAGUCCCAGCGGGCUGGCACAGUCCACACACUUCCAUGCCACCCUGGCUCUCCUUUGCCUUCCAGGCCUCACCCUGAGGCCUCACACUGCCAUGGACCUCCGCAGGAGGAGCCACACCCCCUUUGCCGUGUCCAGGGUCUCCAGGAGUUCCUCAGAGCUUGAGCUGGAGGAGAGGAUGGCAGCCACAGGAGGCGCCCUGGCAAACCCAGAUUCCCAAAGCUGGCUCCCCGGUGUGCCAGGAAAUACAGUUGGAAGAGGCGCAGUUGCCAUGGCACCAGAGAUGCUCCCCAAGCAUCCUCAUCCCCAGGGGAAAGGGGGGCCUGAGGCAGAUGCCUCCCUCCAUGGCAAUCUGGCAAGAGCACCCCUUCCUGUGCUGGCGGGUGCUCCCACCCAUCUCCCCUCAAAGAGGUUAAUCAAGGUUUGCUCUUCCCUGUCCCGCACACCCCAGCAGUUCCAUACGGUUUGUUCACAGGCCCCUCCUAGGCCGGGGGUGAAUGCUCACUUACAUUGA